UUCCGAGGAGUGCACCGUCCAAUCGGCACAAUGGCCACCGAGGAAUCAUGGAACUUGCUGAAGGACGAGGCACUGCGGUCCACGGCCCAGGGCGAGGCCCAGGGCUUGGGGCUGAAGAAGGGGCGGUACUUCAAGACCGACGUGGUGUGGACCAACGCCCUCAUCUUCCUAGUCUCGCACCUGGUGGCCGUGCCCGCCUUCUACCUGUGGGCCUUCUUCCGCAUCAGUUGGCAGACCUGGCUGUUCAGCCUGGCGCUCGGCCUGGGUUCCUCGCAGGGCAUCCUCCUCGGGGCGCACCGCUACUACACGCACCGCUCGUACAAGGCCACGCUCCCGCUACGAGUGCUCAUCAUCUUCUGGAACACGAUUGCCAUCCAGAACUGCUUGUGGGAGUGGGCGCGCGACCACCGCCAGCACCACAAGCACUCCGACACGGACGCCGACCCGCACAACGCCACGCGGGGCUUCUUCUUCUCGCACGUCGGCUGGCUCAUGAUGCGCAAGCACCCCGACGUCAUCGCCAAGGGCAAGGACAUCGACAUGUCCGACCUGGAGAGCGACCCUCUCAUCAUGUUCCAGAAAAGGCACUACCUUCUCCUCGUGUUGCUCCUGUCCGUGGCGAUGCCCAUUGGCGUGCCCAUGUACUUCUGGAACGAGUCCUUCGCGGUGUCCUUCCUGGUGCCGUUCCUGCUUCGCACCAUCAUAGUCCUCAACUUCACCUGGAUGGUCAACAGCUGGGCUCACGCUUUCGGCAACAAGCCCUACGACAAGAGCAUCCGGCCCGUGGAGUCCUUGCUGGUGGCCUUAGUGUCCCUGGGCGAGGGCUGGCACAACUACCACCACUGCUUCCCUUGGGACUACAGGGCGGCGGAGCUGAGCCUGGGCGGCUUCAACCCCACCACCAACGUCAUCCACUUCUUCGCCUGGCUGGGCUGGGCCUACGACCUGAAGCAGGCCUCGGACACCGUGGUCGCUGCCAGGGUGCAGCGGACCGGCGACGGCAGCCACCCCAGCGUGGCGGACACGAAGACCACCACGACGACCGCCAAGACCUCGGAGACCGAGUCCCUGGACAAUACUUUUCCAUCGACCCCCCUCUUGCGACCUGGAAAACACAGUUGUGCGCUCUGGCAUUCGAACGUGGAGUCGACAGUGAUUUGCAGAUAAUGCUCUUAUGAACGAGUUGUAUGGCAAGAUUUGUGGCAACAGUUCGUAGUAAAAACCGGUACAAACAAUUUUUUCACACAAAAAACUCGUUUCUGUUUGCUGUACUAAAUUUAAGCUAGCUAGGGAGCUUUCUCUGGGCCUUUGGGCGACACUAGAGCCGCGCCGUGGCGACACAAAUGCAAAUGCUGGGACCCUGUUGCGGGAAGGUCGUGGUGCCGAGUCGUUGCGCAAGUCGGGCCGACUCGCGUCAAUAAGCUUCAUAGACCGACAGCGCCGACAGCAGGAGCCAUGCUUUCCUGUCAUAGUCGACUAGGUGACUGCGAGUUCCAGUGUAUUUCAGGCUGGCAACAACGAUUCACAUCAAGCUGAUCAGAAGUGGUACUAUUGCUCAAUGAUAUUGACGAAAAUAAAAGUUCCAUUUCGACUGAA